AUGUCCGAGUCGCUAAAGCCCGAGUGGAGAGUUCUUGUUCAAGACGACGGCCAUGUGAUUUAUCAUAACGAUAUCACUGGAGAAGAAACGAAAGAAUCUCCGUAUCUCGCUCAGUUGAAUAAAUUUCGAAACUGCGACACUGCUAUCUGGCAACGGCGUCGUGAGGAAUGUGUUGAGUUUGCCAAGGUUCACCCGAGACCUCGCGUAAACCUCGAUUUAAACUUUGGAGAUCGAAUCGGAGGACGUAUUACAAUAGAACUCUACGCAGACGUCGCUCCUCUCACAGCUUACAACUUCUACUGCCUCUGCACGGGCGAAUUCCCUCCCAUCGACGGCCAAGAGCUGAGGCUGAAGGGUUCCUUCUUCUACCGCUGCACUCCGAGCCUCGGCCUCAUGGGCGGAGACAUCUCCUCGGGCGACGGCAAGGGCGGAAUGAGCAUCUACGGCGCUCCCUUCGAAGACGAAAACCUCAACAAGCUUCUCGACCGCGCCGGCCUGCUCGUGAGCCUCAACGACGGCCCCAACCUCAACCUGAGCCGCUUCCUCAUCACCACAGCGCCCACGCCGCAGCUCAUGCAAUCGCAUUCUCUCUUCGGCCGCGUUGUCCGCGGCCUCGCCGUGCUGCGCAACGCCCUGGCCAUCCCGCGCGACGCCGACGACAAGCCCGCCGAGCUCAUCGUGAUCGCCAACAGCUCGGCCACCGCGGACGGCCCGAUCCCCGACGAUUUCACCAUCCCGCAGCAGCCCUCGCUGCGGCCCAACCCCAUGGUGCCGCCCGCCUGCGACUCGCUCCUCGGAAACAAGGGCGCCGUGGGAUUGGCGCACAAGUUCACGCAGCAGAGACAGAACUAUGCCGACUCCGUGCCCACCAAUCCCAAUGAACAUGACAAUGAAACGGUCGUUGAUCAUGAAAAUGAAACGCCCAUCAAUCAUGAAAAUGAAACUCCCAUCAAUAAUGAAACGCCCAUUCACAAUGAAACGCCCAUUCACAAUGAAACGCCCACGGGGGAGGCGGAGGACGCGGGGGACGAGCGCGCUCCGGGUGUGGACGCGAGCGAGGAGCCUGUGGACUACAACCUCCAGGCCAUGCAGGCCGCGCAGGCCUACGGCUAUUACUACCAGCCCGUGCAGCAGGUCCCCGCGGCUUACGCUCCUGCCUACGCGGCGCCCGCGGGGAUGCCGCAGGAAAGCGGGGAGGCGCCGCCGGGGGAGGAGGAGGCGAUGGAGGCGCCGAGCAGCUUCAUCUCGAACGCGAUGGACGAUUUCCGGCGCGGAAGCAUGCCGCGCGACACGGACGGGCGGGCACUGAUGCAUUAUUUGGAUCUGAGCACGCUGGAGCAUCACACGGCGAAGAAGAAGCCGAGCAAGAUCCCGAAGGGGUUCAAGACGUGGAAGGAGUACGGAGAGUUCAAGAAGAAGGAGAAGCGCGCGAGGCAGGUGCAUAGUAUUCUGGAGGACAAGUACCCAGUGGAGUAUUUGGAGCGGCGUCGCCACCAUUGCGUUGUUUGUUCAACAAAGAGGGGACGAAAGGACGGCGGCUUCCGAGGAGAUGGGCGCCACGACCACGCUGAGCGGACGGGACAGCAGCGCGCGGCGGGGGCGGCCGGGCUGCACGGAGUACACGGCGCACUGCAGCUGGUAGUUCACGCUGGGGUCUUCCAGAACGGUGAAUUGCAGGGGAAGCGGCCCCGGGGGGAUGGAGAUGCGCUUUGUCUCGUGGCGCGACGUGAACAACGGCUGCUCCUUGCAUUCCACUUGCAGCAGCCCUUUCUCCACGACCGAAGACGCAGAGACAGACCCCAAAGGACCCGUGGAACCCGUGAGUUCAUUAGGCUCAUUGAGUUCAUUGGGUUCAUUGGGUUCGUUGGGUUCAUUGAGAUCAUUAGGCUCAUUAGGCUCAUUGGACCCAUUGGACCCAUUGGAUGUUUUGAAGACAGGGUAAAGACCCUUCGGAAGCAGGGUAAACGUCACCGUGGCGUUCUGACGAGCCAGGUAUUCGAGGGAAAUGGAGGUGUAGCGAACGACGAAGGAAUCGCCCACGUAUUCGUAGACCGGAUUUCCGGGAAUUCCGAGAUCCGUAAUGCGGCAAAAUAG